ACUGCGGAGGAAGGGAGGCCGCGGUGGGAGACCAGGACCAUCCGGCGCCAUUUCCAUCGGGAGCGCGCCCGACGGCCCAGAUCCUCCCCCAACCCAAGUGCCCAGCCUUUCCCUGGUCGCUUCCUUCCCCACCCUCGUCCCUUCCACGGCGCUUCAACCACCCCCCGUCUUCUGAAUCAGUUUUUGGAAGCUGAAGGGCAGAUAAUAGCAAGAGAGGAGAAGGGCGGGAAGCCGAGGUGGCCGCGCUACCGUACCCAAAAUGGCGGAGGCCAAACCAGAAGGGAAAAGAGGGGAAGUGCUGGAUACUCCCACUUCGGGCCUCGGCUUCGUCCUCUGAAUUCCACCUGACAGAAGUGAGGCAGACUGCUGGCAUUUUGAGAGCUUGCAAGGAAAAUGAAGCUCCCUAUUUUCAUAGCAGAUGCAUUCACAGCAAAAGCAUUUCGUGGGAAUCCUGCUGCUGUUUGCCUCCUAGAAAAUAAAUUGGAUGAAGACAUGCAUCAAAAAAUUGCAAGGGAAAUGAACCUUUCUGAAACUGCUUUCAUCCGAAAACUACACCCAACUGACAACUUUACACAAAGUUCCUGCUUUGGAUUAAGGUGGUUUACACCAGCGAGUGAGGUUCCUCUCUGUGGCCAUGCUACCCUGGCUUCUGCAGCUGUGCUCUUUCACAAAAUGAAAAACGUGAAUAGCACUAUAACCUUUGUCACUCUGAGUGGGGAACUAAAGGCCAGAAGAGCAGAGGAUGGUAUCGUCUUGGACCUGCCUCUUUAUCCAGCUCAUCCCCAGGACUUCCUUGAAGUGGAGGACUUGAUAAAGACUGCCAUAGGUAACACCUUGGUUCAGGACAUCCGCUAUUCUCCAGAUACCCGGAAGCUCCUUGUCCGGCUCAGUGAUACUUACAACAGGUCAUUUCUGGAGAGCCUGAAAGUGAACACACAGAAUCUGCCGCAAGUGGAAAACACAGGGAAGGUGAAAGGACUCAUUCUCACCCUCAAGGGAGAGCAUGGUGGGCAGACCCAAGAGUUUGACUUUUACUCCAGAUACUUCGCGCCGUGGGUUGGUGUGGCUGAAGACCCCGUCACAGGGUCUGCACACACUGUUCUCAGCAGCUACUGGUCCCAGCAGCUGGGGAAGAAAGUCAUGCACGCCUUUCAGUGUUCCCACCGAGGAGGAGAACUGAAGAUUUCACUGCGUCCUGAUGGACGAGUUGACAGAGGGGGUGCUGCUCUUGUGUUGGAAGGCACGCUGACAGCCUAGAGAUGCUUGUGCUGAGAUGCCUCUAUCUUGAAUCACUAAGUAUUUUCUCAUGAAAGGAAAUGUUAGGGGCUGCCUUGAGCAAGCCUACAUGAUAGUCCACUUAAUCCUCCUGUUAGAAAUAGAACAAUGAAGAUAUAUUCAUGGAUAUUUAAUAGUGCUUCCUGACUAAUUAACUAAUGGAGUUCUGGCUCUACCUGUGAGUGUAUUGGAAAUGUAAGUAACCAGUAACAAAGGAUAACAUUGUCAUCUCUGAUUAUGACUACCAGUCACAGAGUGAGGAACAAAUUUAUGAGGAGUAAGAUCAAGCCAUUUAAAACUUAGGUAUAAGUACCUGAUAGAAUAUUUUGUGCCAUUAAAAAGACCCAAUAACUGUGGAAAUGUACAAAGAACUUUCAUAAUAUAAUACUAAGAAAGAAAAUUACAGUAGACUAUAAAAUGUUAGCAAUGUUAUGCUAUGUCUAUGGAGAAUACAAAUUUACAAGGACAAGGAUGGAUCAUGAAGAUAGAGAAGUGAGAAGAGUUUUUAUGUGGGGGUUAAGAUUGGGAGUAAUUUUAAUGUAUCUAAAAUUAUUUCCUUUAUUGGAACACAUUCAUGUUCAAUAACUAAAUAACUAAAAAGCCCAGAAGUUUUUUCAAAAACAUGUGUGAUUUUCAGUGGUAAAAUUAAACACAUAUCUUUAUCUUGAUAUAUAGCUUUAGGGCUAUAACUUGAAAGGGAUUCUUCUCUUACCUUAGUAAAAUGGGUUUUAACAUAACAUUAAAUUCAAUUAAAUCUAUAAUAUUGAAUACUCAUAGUUGAUCUUGGGAUGGGGACUUUUCCAAGUCAUUAAGAGUGUUUGAAGUGAUCUCAUUGAUGGCAAUUCUCAGCCAUCUCAAAAAACUGCAAGCUAAUCAGUUAGAAAUUCCUGUAAUGUCCUAAUUUUUUUUCACCUUCAUGCUACCAUGUGUUCUGUUUUUAUUUAGUUUUGCUAAGGCAUAUGAGAAUUAACUUACUAUAGCAGUAAUCUUGUGUUUCUCCUAGUUUGCAAGGAAGUAAUUCACCAUCUUUGUGCUUUACCUUAAUGAGUAACCAGGACCUGCCACACACCUCGCAGCUCAUCACAACUCAGGAGGGUUACUACACGAGGGUGAGACUCACUUGAGGGUUUUCACAAAGUGUAAGAUUUUCCCAACCUGGGACUGAAUUGUAUGAAUGAUUUUAUACAAAUGCAUAGUUGAAAGGUUCUGAAUUUUUAUCUCUCAAAUGUAUGCUAAAUUCUUAACAGAUAUUUUUGGGGGAAGCAAGUCCCUGAGAUAAUUGAAUUCUUCUGUGCAUGAAAGUUGCCAUAUGAAGCUUCUGAAUUUUCAUCCUAUUUUCAGACCGUAUGUUCACUUUUUUUUUAAAUCUUGGGCAGUGGCAUCAUUUAUUAUAAUACUUUUUUGUUUUUUUGGUUCUUGAUUGAAGUAUAGUCAGUUACAGUGUGUCAGUUUCUGGUGUACAGCACAAUGUCCCAGUCAAGCAUAUACAUGCAUAUAUUCAUUUUCAUAUUCUUUGUUCACUUUUGUAAGUGACUUUAAAAAAAUCAUCCAUUUAGCAAUGGACAGUUGAGUUAGAAUAGGCAGGGAAACUGAUUAUAUUUACUGUGUUUGCUCGGUCAGCCUGCUGAAGAUUGAUCUAGUGGCCAUGGUGGGCACAGUGCUCCAGAAGUGACAGUCAGGGAAGCAGGAGUAGGGGGCAGGACAGGCAUACCUGAAGAGAUAAAUAAGAAGAAAUGAAAUGACAUCUUUGGGUAGCAGGAAAAAGAGCCUCUAGAAUUAGCAUGCUGUGUAGAGUGAGUUUUCUGCUGACAUGAGUAGGGCAGGUUUGAGGGUGCUUUAAAAACUCUGGUUCCAACUAGAUUUUCCACUGCCUCUUCUGCUUCUGCCCACCUCUUGCCCACCUGAUCUUACUAAAGUAGACAUAGGGGGAUGUCAAGGGGGAUUAUUAGAGGUGUAUCCCAACACUCAAAUAUAAUGUUGCUGUUGAUUGAAAAAAGUGCUCCUAGCUAAAAUCAGCAUCCCCUGGUGUAUUGAGUUAGGCUGAGUUAUGCUAAUGUUUGACAUAUCCACAAAAUCACAGUGGCUUAAUAUAACAAGCUUUUAUUUGUACUUGUACUAGUUGUCUCAUAGCAGUCAGGAGGAGGGUCUCUGUUCCUCAUGAUCAUGUAGGCACCCAAGCUGAUUUUGUGUUGUGCCAUCUCAACAUGUGGCCUCCAUGGUUACUGUGGCAGGAAGAAAGAGUGCAUGGAAACUUCACUAUGUUUUGUCUCAGAAGUUAUAGGUGUCAGUUCUACUCACAGCUGGAACUGGUCAUAUAACCUCACUUAACAGCAAGGGAGCUGAGAAAUGUGGAGGAGCUCAUGGAUAUAUUCUGUAUACUGUAAAUAUUGCUGCCACACCUGGGGAAGAUUUUUAGGCUCCUCAGAUGGUUCCCCCUAGGAUAGUCUCGCUUGUGUAAAUUCAUCACAGUCCAGGGGCUAAGAAGUCUAUUAUGUAAAUUUACCAAGAGCGAAUCUCUCUCAGGUGCAGAUUCACAUUAACCUAACACAUAGAGACUGAUGUGUAAAGCUAGAGUACUAUUUUAAAAUUUUACAAUGAGAAAUGUAAGCUUGGAAUGAGUUAAAUCAGAGCAUUUUCUCCCCAUUUGCAUAUCUGUUUGGAAAGCCAAAUUAUAGUCAGAAAGCAGCGUGGUGUCUACAAAGAUGAAACAAGGAGAGUUAGCAAAACAAACCAAAAUGGCAGAUGGUCAGCAAGCCACUUUGAUAAGCCUCUCCACUUUAACCAUGCAUUGGGAUCCCAUUAUAUCACAUUUAAUUUACUUGAAUUUGACUAUACGUGUCCAGGGCAGAGCCAAAUGUGAUUUUAGUGUUUAAAUAUAUUUCUUUUUGGAACAACCAUAGUCCCUAAUUCAAACCAACAACUUCUAGCACUCAACAAAACAAUGAUGUGUUCCAGCACUGGAGGAAAAACUGGCAGCAGUGGGCUUGUGUAUCUGUCUACUGUGUGUUGUAGGGUCUUUACAGAAUUUCCAAGGAUUAUUUUGGCAACACUUGAUGUUUGCCUUGUGAACAUGCCCCUAACAUAGCCCUCCAUGAUCCCCACCUUCUGCUGUUCAGACCCUUGUGUAAUCCUUUCCCACGUUGCACCAGGGUUGGUCUGUGUGACCCAUAGAAUAUUUAGAAGUGAGGGUAUGUCACUUUUGAGAUUAAGGUAUAAAAGAUCACAUUUUCUGUUUUGGUCCAUUUUUGUGUCGGUCUGUCUUUUUCUUUCUCUUUCCCUCCCUCUCUCUCUCUCUCCCCUUCUCUCUCAUCACCUGCUCUAUGGGAAACCAGCUGCCCUUUGUGAGCAGCCUUAAGGCGAGGCCCAUGGAGCAAGGAACUGAGGCCUUUGAUCAACAGCCACGUGAAUGAGCUUGGAAGCGUCUCCUCUAGGCUCAGGUGUCUGCAGUCCUGCUGAUUCCUUGCCUGCUGCCUUGUGAGGCCCUGAGCCAGAGGACCCAGCUAAGCUGUGCCAGAUUCCUGACCCACCGAAACUCAGAUAAUGUUUGUUGGUUAAGUCACUAAGUUGUGAGGUAAUUAACUUUGCAGCAAUAGAUAACUAAUAUACAUGCUGUCUUUUUAUUUUUAAUUUUAUUAUGGAAAUUUCAAACAUAUGCAAAAGUAAAGAGAAUAGUUAUGAGCUCCUAUGAACCAAUCACCCAUAUUCAACCAUUUUUAACUCAUGGCCAAUUAUUUAUACCUCUACCCACUCUCCCUCCCCUCUGGAUUAUACUGAAGCAGAUCCCAGAAUCAUAUACUUUCAUUGGCAAAUGUUUCAAUAUUUAGCUCUAAAAUAUAAGGGCUCUUAAAAAAAGUAACCACAAUACCAAUAUAACAUCUAUGUGAUAUUGUCUAUGGUAGGACAGACUCUUAAUGUCACCCCAUGAUUUCCGCCUUCUCGUGUUCAUGCUCUUGUGUAAUCACCUCCCAUUGAGGGUGACUUCCUUCUAACCAAUGAAUUAGGACGAAGGUGAUGGGUUAUAUGUUUUUACAUUUAUAUGAUCACAAGAUUAUGUUACAUAAGACUGUAGCAUUAAUCUUGCCGGAGUCUCUUUCUCCCUUGUUGGCUCAGAGGAAGCGAGGUACCAUGUCGGGGAAUUCUAAAAAUCACUUCCAGUAGCCUCUAGAAGCCAAGGGCAGCCUCUUGCCAAGAGCCAGCAUGAAAAUGAGGCCCUCAGUCCUGCAAUAACAAGGAACUAAAUUCUGCCAACAACCCAAGUGAGCUUGGAAGCAGAUCUUUCCCCUCAGUUGAGUGUUUGUGUGAGAUGGGGACCCCAGCACUGCCUCAUAUCUUGACUGCAGCCUUGUGAAGGACCCAGCUAAGCCACACCUGGACUCUCGACCCACAGAGACUGUGAAAUAACAACUGUUUUAAGCUGCUAGGUUUAUGGUAAUUGGUAUGCGGCAAAGGAAAACUAUUACAACAUUAAAAAAUUAGAAAUAAUUACUGAAUACUAUUGAGUAUCCAGGUAAUAUUUCUAUUUUCCUGAUUGCCCGAUAAAAUUUUUUAUAGUAUUUUUGUAAGAACUAACUUUAGCCUACCUUUGAGUGAGAGUCUAUUGUACAUAACCUUCAUCAAAGCACAGCUCAGCCUCUCUCCCAGAUCCAACCUACUUGGGCCCUGAAUGCUUGCCUCCCUGAGCAGCCUUACCCAGGGCCUCCAUUGCCAGCCAGCCCUGUAUUUUCACUUUGAUCAGCUUAUAGUCAAGCAGUUCCGUUCCACUGAUGUCGUCAGACAUUGCCGAAUACUCCUGAGGUGGGGCAGAGGCAAGAUCCAUCACCCUGGCUGAGAACCUCUACUGUAAGUUGCCCUUAUUUUUCUCUUUUCUGAUUUUAUUAUUAUUUUUUAAUGGUUUAACUCUUAGAGGGUAGAUUAUUUGCCUCUUUCCAAGUUCUUUUUGGGGUGGGAAUCCUUCUUGCUGUCGCUCUUAUGUAUUCUGUAAGUUAGGUGCCCAGGCCAGGGGUCAGAUCUGCUGCUCAACAAUCUGACAUUGUUGGUAAAAAAAGCGAUUUUCUGUCUCCUGUGCAUCAGACGCUAGAAGUGCUAGAAGCUGGCGGGCUGGAGAGCUGGGGGGGACAGACGGCAAAGGAGAUUAGAGAGGGAGCUUACAGACCUCUCAAGGGACCCUAACUGGGGAGACCAGGCUCAUCCUUUCAUGAAAAGAUAAUGAGCACUUGCACUGGUCUGUGAUUAGGCACAGACACUGGUGCAAAGGCAGAGUCAGCAGAGUGUUGAAGGACAAGGCUUAGAAGGACUAGGGCAUGAACAAAGCUUCAGAGGUGAAGGCUCAAGUCAUGUCUGUUUGCGUUUUGUCUAGAGUUUCUGUGUCUUGAAAGUAGUUAGGUUCUAUAGGGGCAGAGAGAAAUAAAAGAAAGUAAUUAUUAAACUAACAACCAAACUGGAGAGAUAAUAUGUAAACACAAAGACAGAUAAAUAAUACUGAAAGCUGUUCUAACUGUUGUCUUUUUAAACUGUUAAAAUCUAUAGAAAGGACAUAGGAAUCAUGGCAAUUGUGAGUCACUCUCAGUGUAUGAGAAAGGAACUGUGGUUCUCCAAGUGCGGUCUCCGGACAAGCAGUAUCUGCACCACCUGGGAGCUUAUUAGAAAUGCAAAUUUUCAGGCCUCAUCCCAGACCACUGAAUCAGAAGCUCUGGAGAUGGGGACCAGAAAUCUGGUUUUUAACAAGCUCUCCAGGUUAUUCUGGUGUACACUUGAGUUUGAGAACCACUGGUGUUCAGCCGUGUUUUCUUCCUUCCUGAGUGACAAUUGCCUGUGUAGCUCAAUAACUUUUAAAUGUGCAUUGUCUCAAAAUCUCCCUGGCCAUGCCAGUGUACUUGCUGUUUAGUGCAGUUUUGGAGGAGCUGGGUUGGUUUUUUUGUUUUGUUUUGUUUUGUUUUUUAAUUCCUUCUUAGCUUCUAGUUCUGUUCAGCAUAGAAAAAUUAGCUGUGCUCAGGUGGGAGCUGUUCAGUAAUGUGUUGGUAAUGUACAGAUUAGUUAAUCAGCCAUGAUUUAUUAAUGAUGAAUUAAUUAUACCUGAUUGUGCAGUUCUGCUAGCUAAAUGGAGCUUUAAAGGAGUUAUUUUAUUAAUCAUCAUGGUGCUAAUUGCAGACACUUACAGAAGGAUCACUAAUUAAACAUGCAACCAUAUGCAGAAAAAGUUGUGGACUGCUGAGUCCUGCAAGAAUAAGAAACCCUGAUUUUUAGGGGAGCCAAAACAAAUUUUAUUUUAGGCAGUAUUAGGGAGUUGGCUUGGCAAUGUUAAUCAUUCAUUGCAAAUUAAUAUUGUAAUCUUUUCCCUAUGUCAAAAAUUAUGUAACAGUCCAGUGAGGCUCUAGGUAAAGGGAAGAUUGUUCAAUCCUCUUUUCUCUUUUAAACACAUACAAAUGGUCUUUGCUAAGCAGAGACCAUCGAUUGAUGGGAUGGGCCUUACAGCGGAGAAAGUAAAAACCACAAACCAGUCCUCUAUACUAGAGAGCAUGAGGUGAGUCUGAGGUUCCUGGUCUUAGAGACCAGGAACACCCUAUGUAUUGAAUCACAGUGAGAGGAUUCACAGCCUUGUGCUGUUGGAGCAGAGAAAGAAAUGAGACUGUCCAGUCGAAGGGGAAUCAGGUAAACUCAAGGAUAGCUAAAUAAUAGAACAAUUUUUAGCUCAAGAUAGAUUAAAGCUGUUUCCUGACUUUUUGUUGUUAUGAAUAUUUGUUUGGAGUUAUGCAGCAUCCAAACACCAACCUCCAAGUUUGUCCUAGCACCUUAGUUGGGAAAUUCUCAUUGUGAGUAGUCAAGGAGGUAGUGGCUAACUUCCUCCAGGGAAGCCAAAGUGGCCCCUCCCUGCACAUCAUGGGACAGGCAUGCUAUUCAGGCUCAGCCAAAUUAGAAACUAUUUCCUGAAAAUUUGGAUCCUGAGCAAGGAAAGCAGUACUGUAGAGGUGACUAGAGGUCCUGGUCCCUGCAGAGGCCACCCUGUAAGGAUCUGGCCAUUGGAGAAGCUGCUCAGGAUAAUGGCUGUAGGAAUAUUUGGUAAUUUUGGUGCAGUAGGUAAUAUGGUCAAGGGUGUAUAGUAUGAGCGUAUCGUAAAUGUGUGAUGAUGAGAAUGGUGAUGACAGACUUCAAGAUUGUCUUGAUUUUGGGUGAGUCCCCCAUCCUGCACAUUACCUAGCCUGUUCAUUGGAUUAUUAUUGAGCAUGUGAUAUAACUCUGGGUAAUGAGAAAUGAAGGUAGAUUCUCAGUUCAGGAAGCCAAGAGAGGAAAAGAACCUGGAGUGGGGUGAACUAGCAUUUGGCACAUAGGUUUACUUAAUCUCCCAACUUUUGAUAUGUAAUUACUCUCUCAUUGGUGCUUAGUACCUCUGAGUCAAGUGGUCUUCUGUUUUAUAUCCUCCAAAGAAAACAUACCAGUUCCUCUCACAGUGGGGAGAGGGAAUUGCUCAAUGUGUGGAAUUGGGCAUAUAUAUAUUGUGUAUUUUAACAUGUGUAUACAAUGUAUAGCUACCAUAUAGAUCAAGGUACAGAAUAUUUCCAACACCCCAGAAGGUUCCUUUAUUCCCCUUUUCAGUAAAAGCAAACAGACUAAACAAAACUAAAACCAAAAAACAAACAAAAAACCCGAUUCUCUAUCUUCACUUCCUAAGAGAAUUACAGUUCUGAGAUAUCUAUCACCAUUAAUUUGUUGUCUAUUCUUGAGCUUUUAUAAAUGGAAUCAUACAGUAUGUACUGUUUGGUAUUUGGCUUCAUUCAUUCAAUGUAAUGUUUUUGAGAUUUAUACCUGUUGUUGAGUUCAUUCUUUUUUGCUAAAUAAUAUUCCAUUAUAUAAUUACACUACAAUUUGUUUAUACCAUCU